CAAAAUAACAGGCUGUGGUAAUCCGUAGUCUUCUCCCUCACCCCCUUCAAUUUUUAUGGCAUUGACUAUUUGUCUCUUGCCAAUUUGUGACCCUUAGUCAACUAGAUAAUUUCGCUUGACACGUGAUAAAAUGGAGAACAGCGAUGGAAACGUUGACAAAGCAGUGAUAAUAGAUGAUGACAGGAGCGAGGGGUCUGUCGAGGUGGAGCCGGAGAAGGAGGAAAUCAGUAACGAGGAAACUGAGAAAAUCUGCAUAAUAGAUCCUGAUACUGAAGAACUCGACUUUAAUCACUCGAGGCUGUCGAAACUGGAGAAUCUCGAGCCCCUGACCAACAUCAAGAAACUGUGCUUCACCUGGAAUUUAAUCAAGAAGAUUGAGAAUCUUGAUACUCUCACGACACUCGUCGAAUUGGAGCUCCGGGAUAAUCAAAUAACUGUGAUUGAGAAUUUGGAUUCUUUAGUUAAUUUAGAAGUCCUAGAUCUGUCCUUCAACCGACUGAAAAAGAUAGAAAACCUGGACAAACUCAAGAGCCUGCAGAAGCUCUUCCUCUCGUCAAACAAAAUCGCAAAAAUCGAAAACCUCUCUAACCUGGAGAAUCUCAUUCUCCUUGAGCUGGGUGACAACAAAAUCCGCAAGAUCGAGAAUCUGAAUGGUCUUGAGAGCCUGAAUAACCUCUUCCUGGGGAAGAACAAGAUCACAAAGAUUGAGAACCUGGAGCACUUGGUGAACCUAACACUCCUCAGUAUUCAGAGCAAUCGCCUCACGAAGAUAGAGAAUCUGGAGGAACUCAAGGAACUGGAUCAACUGUAUUUGUCUGAGAAUGGACUGACCUGCAUUGAGAACCUCAAGACUCUAACGAAGCUAACGACACUGGAUUUGGCAGACAAUCAGAUAAAAAAGGUGGAGGGAAUCAGUCACAUGGAGCUCCUAGAGGAAUUAUGGAUGAACAACAACAAAAUUGAGGACUGGGCAGCCCUGGAGGCCCUCGCAGAGAACAAGAAGCUCCAGACAGUCUACCUGGAGCACAAUCCCAUCUCCAAGGACCCCAACUACAGAAGAAAGAUAAAACUCCUGCUCCCCUGGUUGACUCAACUCGAUGCAACCCUGUGCAGAUGAAUUGACCAAUCUCCCACCACCAGAAAUGCAAUUAAUUUAUUAGCUGUUGCACCUGAAUGGGAAUAAAAAUCAUGAACACGAACCUGUUGAUUCUGAAACGUCUUCUCAAACCCGAGGAACUUCAUUGAAAAUAUAAACUGAUGGCUUCGAUGUUACGUGUUGAAUGAAGCUGAACUGAUUAAUCAUCAGCCUUCCUCGAUUUAAAGUAAAAGCAUUGAUAUUCAACUCCUGUCCAGUGAAGGGAAAGCCUCCCAUUGUUGAUUGUAUAAAUGCAGUUUUUAUAAAUGUUCUCAAGUAACUCCACUUAGUCAAAUUUAGGAAAUUUGCACUUGUAUUUUGUCAGUAGUUAUUUAUCCCUGAUUUUUGUAAUAAAUGAAUGAAUAAAUUCACCGAUUGAAAAGGA